AUGUCAACUCGCGCCAAGAUGCCGUCGAUUUCGGAGGACGAGGCCGCCGCCGUGCAGCAGCAACAUCAUCACCUACUGGCUGGGCUAAGCCAGCUCUCCUGCUCGACGGGCAACAACGAGGGCUUCACGCUGAACCGCACCGACGAGGAGAAGUCGGAAACCCGCAAGAGCGAGGCCCCCUCCGAUGAUUGUGUCUCGAUGCGCUCGCAGGCCGCGCAAACGACCCGCAUUGAUGGCAUGAUGAAUCCGCUUCCACCGCCACCUCCACACAUCGUCACGCCACGCACUGAGGCUGUAGCCGCCGGCGGGGCCCCGUACACCUUCCGCCAGAUCCAGCAGAUCACCGUCAAGCCCUCGCAGCAGCAACAACACAGUAACACCCCGGUGAAGCUGCUGCAGGCUGAUCUCAACAACAACAAUCGCGCCACGCCCAACACUCGCAGCAACAACAACACGGGCAACAACUCACCGACGGUUCGCUCGCAGAGCAAGGUGCAGCCGCCGAUGCCGUUCAGCGACGUGUCGGCCGCCCAGCAGUACCCGAUGAUCACCACCGGGAUGAACGGCGUCGUCACGCUCAUCCUCGCCCCCAAGUGCUACCUGGAGAUGAGCGUCGACAAGUGCCUGCACAUCGUCGCCCCCGACAAGUUUGCUAUCACGCUGAACACGAAGGGCACGUCGAACGUCGUCCAGCAUCCGCGCGCCAAGAUCGUCCACUGUGACCAGAACAUUUGUGCCAGAUUCACGGCUGAAAACGACAAGAUGGCCGUGUUCGACACGUACGGCGUGCUCUUCACGAUGGCCCAUCUCGCUCAGGGGUACCUCAUCAGCUCGUCGCAGAACGUGCAGCAGUACAGGGCUCCGGUAAUUGUGCCGAUCGACGUCAAGCAGUUUGCCACGAUGAACGGGGAUCGCGACUGGGCGACCUGGUCGUUCUACACCGAGAGCCAGACGGGCCCCACGCAAGUGGAGCUGUGCCGCGAAAUCGUCAACCAGGCCGUCAUCGAGAGCCGCUCGGCCGACGGGAGCUACGCCGUCCGCGUGCACGACAUUCGCAUCGACUGCUUCCCGGACGGCGAGAUCACUAUCAACGCCCGUCCCCGUCAAGUGUGCUGCAACUGGCAGACCGGGCUCGUGGCGCUGCGCACCCCGUCGAUCGACAUCGCCAUCGAGGAGGACGAGAAGGCGUACGUGAAGAAGGGGCUGAAGCGCGUGCACGUCUCGUGCAGCGGAAUGGUCGUCUCCGACGGCAACAUUGUGGCCAGCACCGAUCAGCGCGGCCGCAUCAUCUCGGCU